AUGGCUGGCGAACCAGCGCAGAAAAAGCGCCGACUCCCCUUCAACCCACCUAGCCGCGCCUCAUCCACCGCCGGACCCUCUACAUCGGCCUCCAAAGCAAAAGGCAAAGCCAAACAAACCACCACCAAGUCCUCAUCCUCCGCCUCCGCCUCCAAGUCUACCAAUGGCAAAUCCACACCAACCAGCAAGCGUGCGCGCGCCCAGUCCCCGCCAUCAUCACCCGCCGCCUCCGACGGCGCGUCGGAUGCGGAGUCUGGAUCCGACUCCUCCAGUCACAGUCGCGAGCGCUCCGUCUCCCAAGAACCAGACUUCAUUCUCGCCGAAAUCACCACUGCCCAACAUGAGACGGAGGACAUGAGCUGGAGCGAGCCGGCUAUACCGUCCAAAUUGCUUACGCGGCUACUACAUCACCAUUUUACCAAGGAGAAGACAAAGGUCGCCAAGGAUGCCAACGCGGUUGUGGCGAAGUAUGUCGAUGUCUUCGUGAGGGAGGCUAUUGCGAGAGCUGCGUACGAGAGAGCAGAGACGGAUGGUACUUCUGGAGCGAGGGGAAUAGGCGAUGGGUUUCUGGAGGUGGAAGACCUCGAGAAAAUGGCACCACAGCUUACGAUGGACUUUUAA